AUGGUUGCGGACAAUGCCGAAACAGCAGGUUGUCAAGAGGCAGUGAGGACUAUCUGUGGGCUUAUAGAGAGCAACCAAGUCACGCUUCUAGAGUUCAUUCGUGGUCUAGGUACACACCUCACAGAUGACUCGAACUCCAUUAGAACCAGAGCAAUCACCCUUCUGAGCUCUGUUCUGGGCAAUGUGAACAGAAAAAAGAUGUACGCCAAAGACGUCCAGGUGCUGGUGGACUUUUAUUUGUCAAAACUCGACGACGAGCCUUGCUUGAGAGAAGUGCUCAAGGGUCUGAGCUCGCUUGUUCUGAUGAGCCAAUUUGAUCCUAGCUUAAUUCCUCACGUGCUAAACUUCCUGGUGGAAAAAUACUCCCCUUUGGGCAAGCUGGCUAGCGUUAGGUACUACGGAUUUGAGGUUUUGGACUCUGUGCUAUCUGUUCAUUUGGAACCAGCAAAACAGUACAAUGAUGAAAUCAUAAAAACCUAUCUUCACGUUUCCAAGAAUGAAAAGGACCCCAAAAAUCUGCUUCUGUCGUUCAAGCUGUCAGCACUAAUAGCCCAGAACUUUGACAUCAGCAAAUAUUCCGAGGAUAUGUUUGAUGCGGUGUUCUGUUAUUUCCCUAUCUCAUUCAGGGCCCCAGCGAACGACCCAUACAAAAUCACAGGAGACCAGCUAAAACAGACUCUCCGCGACUGUUUGAGUGCCAGCAAUUUGUACGCUAAAGACGCCUUCCCCAAUCUUCUCGAGAAAUUAUCGGCUACCUCUCCAACAGUCAAACUCGACGUCCUCACAACGCUCAACCAAUGUGUCGAGAAAUACUCCACAGCAACGGUGGAAGAAUACUGGAUCACAUUGUGGAACUCGCUCAAAUACGAAAUUUUGCAUAACGAGCUUGCAUCUGUUGAGACAUUGACACAGUUGUUUACGUACUAUGAGAAUUCUGAAAAUGAGGACGAACGGAUCAUCCCUGCUGUCUUGAAGAUCUUCCAGUCGUUAAGUGACAAACUGAAAAAUGUGAAUGAGGAUCUCAACAUCAAGGAUUAUCUUUAUGUGAUAAUGGACGAGCUGGCCAAGAAUAUCAAGAAUCACGACGAUAAGAGAUCAAAGCAGUCUACCGUAAUUUUAGCUGCUAUAUGCGCGGCUAACAUCAAUGUCUACAAUCUGAUAAUUCCCCGCGUAAUGCCCCUUUUACUGGCGUCGGAUGACUUAACUGUCAAAACCCAAAGACAAAUACUGACAAACGUCUCUUUCAUGAUUGACAGUUAUUACAUUCUAUUCAAUGAGAAAGAAGAAUCCAUUCACCCAAACAAUCCAAUGUAUGAAUUCAAGGAUGACCUGUUGAUGCUGUUUAACAAAGCUUUACUGUCUACAUCCAAGGUCGAAGUGUCACUCAGAUGUUUAGCUGUGAGGCUUGUGGCCAAGGUCGUCUCACUGAAUUACUUUCUGGCCGAUCAGGAAGCUCAGCUGAUUACUCAACUAGUAACAGAUGUUCUCCUAGAAGAUGACAACGGCGUGACAGAAAAGCAGAUCUUGCAGUGUUUCAAGUCGUUAUCUUCAAGCUACCCCUCUGCUGUGCUUGAGAUAACUGUUCCAAGGCUGUUUUCUUUUCUUCCAGACAACGACACAGAUCUAGAUCAAUUAAACACCAAGUCCCGUGUGCUCGACAUCCUUGUCUCCAUUUCAGAGUCCAAGCUGGUGAUUGACUCUGUUAUGUUGCGACUAGUUGGAAAGAUCGAAAUUCUAAUAGAGUCUGCGUCUCAAAGCUAUGUCCGGUCAGUGUUCUUGACCCUGUCGAAAACCGCAGAUAAAUUGGAUGCAAAGGAUUCUACCAACGACAACAUGAAACGCCUAGUGCCACGGCUGUUUUAUGUCGUUCUGGAUAACGACAAAACCAUUCACGACGAGGUGGUUCUAGAGUAUACAGGGCGUGUUGCUAAAAAGAUAGUGCUGCAAACAGAUACCUCUCAGCAUAAAGAGAUUUUGCGGGAAUCGAUCGGUUUGUUCAUUAACGGCAAACCCACAUCUCUUGUGGCCAAGCCGUUAUCGAAACAGUUGGAUAUCAUCAACGAGAACCAGCUGCCUUUCAUUAUUUUCACAAAGAUUAUCUCAGCAGUCGAUAAAAGUGUGAAAUUUCCCAUUGAAAGCUCAUCUUUUCUCAACCUUUUGUUCAAAGCCAGCCAGUCGACAGUACAAUUCUCGAGAUUAUCGGUGGUGCAGUGCAUCUCGUUGGUUGUCAAUAAAUGGAUUGACGACUCCGAAUACCUGGUAGCAAUUUUGGAAGACUUCAAAAAAGCUUUGAACGACUCCUCCAUCCCCGUCAAGGAACGAGCCAACACUUUGGAAGUGCUCAUUUGGAUUGGAAAAGCAUUGAUUAUGAAACAACACACAUGUGCUCAAGACUACGAAGAGUACCUUCUCUCCUUGUUUGACAGUGAAGAGCUUCACGUGUUCACGCCAAAAAUUCUCGAAAUAUUGGUUGCAGAUGUGGAAUGCUACCAGCAGUUCAAGAAACCUGGCCCUUUCAAAAGACCGGUUGUUUUUAAUGUGAAUGUGCGCUUAUUGUACAAACAGAAGCUGUUCAAUACAGUGCUGCCCUUGUUGGUCUCCAAGUUUGAGUCCUCAAAGAACCAGACAUAUCUAUUGGCAUUAUCACUCAUGCUUAAAUAUGUCGACAAGUCAAUCAUUGUUCCGCAUGUUGCAACGCUACUGCCGCUUGUUUUGAGGUCGCUGGGCACCGAGUCCAAUGUCAUUGUCACUUCAUCGUUAUCUAUCCUGACAAUAGCUGUUAACGAAUCGGACGAGUUGGUUUCCCGCCACUUAUCGACUGUCAUACCAAAUCUUCUGGAAAUUGUCAACACGCAUAAGAACGAAGCGGUGAAGCGUAACGCACUGGAAUGCCUGCUUUCACUGACAAAGUUUGAUUUACAUCUAUUAGUGCCUUAUAAACAGGACAUCAUCACGCGACUUGCCAAAGUCCUGGAUGACCCUAAGCGAUCAAUUCGCCGGCUGGCCUGUGACUGCAGACAGGCAUACUUUGAGCUGGGAGUACCACGUCAAUGA